AUGUUUUCCCAUAUUUCCCCAAAAAUCGCAGAGGUUGUCGUGGCGCACCUCCCUGCAGCCUCGCCAGAGAUCGACCCCUCCACCAACUCCAACUACCUCAGCUUCGACAUCCAGCACACGGCGUUCGACUGGGAUGUUUCCUUCACCACCAAGACGCUUUCUGGGUCCGUUACGCACACGCUUGCCGCCAAGACGGCUGUCAACAGUAUCAGAUUGGACACCUCCUACCUUAACGUCACCGCUGUUUCCGUCAACGGUGCCACUGUUCCGUUCACCAUCGGUGCUAGAACCGAACCGUUGGGCGCCCCGCUCACGGUCCAGUACGCUGCCCAACCGGCGGAAAAGCUUUCCCUCAGAUUGGAGUACGCCACCACUGCUGAGUGCACGGCCUUGCAGUGGCUCGAGCCUGAACAGACCGACGGUGGUGAGUUCCCGUACUUGUUCUCGCAGUGCCAGGCCAUCCACGCGAGAUCGUUGUUUCCGUGCUUCGACACCCCAGCGGUGAAGGUGCCACUUUCCUACAAGAUUGUCUCGCCGUACCCUGUUUUGGCAUCCGGGCUCCGUGUGGAGGCGGGUCUGACCUCUAGCACGCUUGAGUUAGCCGCCGUUGCCAAGUCUGAAUCCUCCGUCUACCACUUCAACCAGCCAAUCCCAGUGCCGUCCUACCUUGUGGCUAUUUCUUCGGGUGACUUGGUCUCGGCCACGAUCGGCCCACGCUCACUUGUCUACUCCGAGCCAUCCACCAUCUCCUCGUGUCAGCACGAGUUCUGUGCUGACACCGAGUCGUUCAUUUCCACGGCCGAGAAGCUCAUCUUCCCGUACGAAUGGUCGCAGUACAACAUCUUGGUGCUUGUGUCAUCCUUCCCAUACGGUGGGAUGGAGAACCCAAACAUCACCUUUGCUACCCCAACGUUGAUUUCCGGCGACAGGCAGAAUGUUGAUGUCAUUGCACACGAGUUGGCCCACUCCUGGUCGGGUAACUUGGUCACCAACGCGUCCUGGGAACACUUCUGGUUGAACGAAGGCUGGACCGUGUACAUUGAGAGAAGAAUCGUGGGUGCGAUCCACGGUGAGGCCCACCGCCACUUCUCUGCCAUCAUCGGCUGGGAGGCGCUUGUCAACUCCAUCAAGUCAAUGGGCGUGUCUGCGAAUAGGUUUUCGACCAUGGUCCAGGACCUCAAGGACGGUACCGACCCAGAUGACUCCUUCUCCUCUGUUCCUUACGAAAAAGGGUUCAACUUGUUGUACCACAUUGAGACCGUUUUGGGCGGCCCACAGGUGUUUGACGCUUUCAUUCCACACUACUUCAACAAGUUUAGCAAGAAAUCGUUGGAUACGUACGAGUUUUUGGACACCUUGUACGAGUUCUUUGCUGAUAAGAGGGACUUGUUGGACACUAUUGACUGGAACACUUGGUUAUACGGCGCCGGGUUGCCACCAAAACCGAAAUUUGACACCACCUUGGUGGACCAGUGCUACGCCUUGGCCGAUAGAUGGACCGCCGCGGCGAAUAGCGCCAAGACCGAAGCUCAGUUGCGCGAGGAGUUCUCGCCUGAGGAUAUCACGGAGUUCUCAGCCAACCAGAAUGUGGUCUUCUUGGACACGUUGUCGUCACAGCAGGCGACCGGAGCUGCCGACUGGGCGAGCGUUCAGGGUCAAUUGGUGUUGCGCACAUUGUCAGGGAUUUAUUCCGAAUACGCCGUUUCGAAAAACGCCGAGGUUGUGUUCCGCUACAGUAGAUUGGCCGUCACCGGGAAGUUGAGCGAGUACUAUCCGACCUUGGCGAAUUGGUUGGGGACCGUCGGGAGAAUGAAGUUUGUCAGACCGGGGUUCAGCUUGUUGAACAGUGUGGACAGAGAGUUGGCGCUCAAGACGUUUGCGAAGUUUGAGGGUGGAUACCAUCCGAUUUGCAAGGGAAUGGUGAAGAAGGAUUUGGGGUUGUGA